CAGAUUGAAACAAUCGACAAUUCGUCUAAUCAAAUUUACCCCAUAGUACACUGGUGUUUAACGGCCCAAGAUUUGCAUUUCCCCGCCCUGUGAUGACUUAGCGCGUGGAGAUGACACUUCCAGGCCGGGAUCAAGUUUCCGACACUGGAUUGAGGGCCGAUCGUACCCUCUACCCUAUUCACUUGACUCAGGACCUUAAAAGCUUCAUAUAUCUCCCCAGUUUCUAGCGCACCUUAUAUCGCCCUGUGUACCAAUGAUACUUUCUUCUGAACUUCCUUUCGUUGACACCAAAAGGAUCUCAUAACGAGCUUGAACGUUUAUUCAUCAGGUCCUCAAGAUGCCUGCACAAAAUAACGGUGUUCCCCGACGACUAAAGGUCGGAGUGGUGGGGAUUGGUCGCAUGGGGCGACAUCAUGCCAUGAACCUACUCCAUCGAACUCCUCGAGCAGAUCUCAUUUGUGCCUGUUCGCCCACUGAGGCAGAUCUGGUAUGGGCAGAUGAACAUCUAGUGCCACACGGCGUUCAUGUUGUCCCCACUUUUGAGGAAAUGAUCGAAAUUCCAGGCCUAGAAGCCAUCCUCAUCGCAUCUGCAACAUACCUUCACACCUCUCAAACCACGACUGCCUUGGAUAAAGGGUUGCAUGUACUUUGUGAGAAGCCAGUGUGCCAGACUUUGGAUGAGCUAGUUGCUCUUGUCGAUCAAGUCGAGGCCCGCCCUGAGGCAAGGCUCAUGGUGGCAUUUGUGCGUAGAUUCGAUGAAAACUACCAGAAUGCCCUCAGUCAACUCAAGCAAAAUGCCAUUGGAGAGCCUGUGGUAAUUCGCUCUCAAGCUAGCGACCCCAUUGACGAGAGUCCAUACUACAAGCAGUAUCUGAAAGAUUCUGGGGGCAUAUUUGUGGACGCUACCAUCCACGACAUAGACCUUUCCCUUUUAUUAUUCGGAGAUGACUCCCAGCCCAAGUCUGUGUCCGCUGUUGGCGUGAGAGCCAUCCACCCUGAGAUUGAAGCCUAUGGCGAUGUCGAUAAUGGUGUGGGUAUCUGCGAGUAUUGGGAUAAUAAGAUCGCAUUUUUCUACAAUAAUAGAAUGGCAGCACAUGGAUAUGACAACGCCACAGAGAUUCUUGGAACUAAGGGAAAGCUGUCGGUCAACCUCAUCCCAAGACGCAAUGCCGUCGAGCUUUGCGAUAAGGAUGGUGCAGUUAAGACGUUUGCGCAUACAGGCUGGUAUGAGCGCUACGAAGCGGCAUUUGUUGAGGAAACAAAUGGAUGGGUGAAUUCCCUUCUUGAUAAUACGCCUCUGCCCGUACCUUUGCGUUCAUCCUUGACAUCCCUCAAGAUCGCCACUGCGCUUCAGGAGAGUCUUAGAACUGGGAACAAGAUUUGCUUUGAUCGACAAGGGAACCGAAUCAAGGAAUGAUACUUUUACUGUGAGAGAGAUAUCCAGACGCAGCAACCAUAGUAAAUUUGAACAUGUUAUUUGUUAACUUCGGCUUUAAACACGUCGGUUCUGACAUGCUGUC